AUGAAAGAGAAAUUGAUGGGGUUCCAUGUUGAUUCAGAAUUUUUACCAUUUCUAUUCUCCUUUGGAGAUGAGCCUCAUCUUGCCGAGAGCGGUGCAAUCAACGUCGCUACAAAAAGCUUGGGAGCAUACGCCCUAGAUGCAAAGAACCAAUAUACGGUCACAGAAACAAACAAAGGAAUGGAGAUUCUCACGAGAAAGACCAACUUUCUCACAGAAAAGACAGCAGAUUUCGCCGAGAAAUCGACAACGGACAACACGGUGAUCAAAUGGAUCACUAUCGUAUCCCUCUUCUACCUUCCGGGUAGCUUUGUGACUGUAAGGUCGGGGCUCGGGACGUUGAUUUGGAUAAUGACUGACUGCUGCCGAGCUUAUUUGGACUGA